GUGCACUUCAACGAUGCGAAGGGAGAUGGCGGACGAGAGCGCGGCGUUCUUGGACCUGGGUGACCUUAUGCCCGCCCUGCCUCCUCGCGUGGAAGACGAGCUGAGUGACGUCAUCGAAGGCAUCCCAUGCGAAGUCACGGACCCAUUGGAAUUAGCCGCGAUUAUUCGCAACUUGGGCGAGGUACCGUCGAACCUUGUCCGGGUCGCCGCGAUGUACACGACCCGCCAAAACGAAGUCGAACCUGCCGUGCUUGUGCUGUACCCACUACGAGAUUGCAUGAAUGACUACAAGAAAAACCAACGCGCGGCUGCUGAGCCAUUCCCCACAAUGUAUUGGCUCGCGAGCCAAGAACUACACGAGCGCGUGUCUCUCUUGGAAGGCGCAGGGCGUGUUGCUGCGUUCACCGAUCGGCUCGUUGCAUCCUCCGACUAUCUCCAUGCCAUGACAAACAUGCACGCUGAGUACGCAGCGGACCGGUGGGCCCUCCUCACCCCGGCCGAUCGCAGCCUCGUCGAGAAAAAGCGCUGGGUCCGAGCUCUUCGCGACGUCGGCAUUGCUGGCAUUCGCAACCCAGCCUCGGUCAAGUGCCUCCAUACGCAUUAUGCGCAUUACUUGGCAACCCACAACAACCUCAUCGGACAAUGGGUGCAUGAAGAAUUGGAAGCGGCGGCAAUUGGCAUGUCGCGCCCGACCGGCGAGCCACGUGCGAACGCCUCAGACGGUCACACCGGCGACGUUUAG